AUCUAUUUCUCUCUCUCUCUUUUCCUUUAUAAAAAAAUUAAAGAAAAUCUUCCAUUGUAACAGAAUGGAUCACAAAUAUCAUAGGCUGGAUGUAGAUCCUGCCCAUCGAAAAUCUUAUUCAUCUAUUGCCCCUUCUUCGGAACUUGACACGCGUACAACAUCUUGGUUAAGAGCCAAAUGUGAUAAACUAUUGGGGUCUGAUAAACUUGUAUUUUUUCAUGAAAAACAAAGAGCUUACAAAGCACGUCAAAAGCCAGGUGUCGUUCAAAUCUUUUUAAGUUCCAUCAUUCUUUUCUUCAUCGCCUUAUUCAGUAUUCGCGCUUUACUAUCCUGUGGCAUGUUUCAAACAGAUAGCGUAAUUCUUUUAUCCUCCUCUUCUAAUGACAUUGUUGAUCUACUCAAGGAACUUCCUUCUUCAGAAUCUAUCCGCGAAUUAUUUUAUCAUUAUGCUUCCAACUCCCAUCUUGCUGCCAGUCCCAAUGACCAUGAUCUGGCUAAAUGGACCCGCAACAAGUUCACCGAGUUCGGUCUCAAGAACGCUUCCAUUGAUACUUACUAUCCCUUUAUCAAUUACCCUAUUGAACGUAAGCUGGCUAUUGUCUCGGGUCCCCAAGAUUUAUUGUACAAGGCUUCCUUAAGAGAAACAAACGAAAGAGACAGCAGUCCUACUUUCCACGCUUACUCUGCUGAUGGUAAUGUCACUGGACCUAUUGUUUAUGUAAAUUACGGUCGUAUCGAGGACUUUGUUUUACUUGUCAAGAACGAGAUUGAAUUGAAGGGCUCAAUCUGUUUAAUUCGUCAUGGAGUGAUUCCCAGCAGUAUCAAGGUACAAAAUGCCGAGACCUUUGGAUGUAUCGGAGCCCUUGUGUAUACAGACCCUCAAGUGGAUGACAAGACAUCCACUGUGGUUCAUCGUGACUCUGUCCAAUACGGAUUUAUUCAUCCGGGCGAUCCUUUCACACCCGGUUAUGCUGCUACAUUUAAUGCUACACGUAAUGAAACCGCUACCAACUUGCCCAAAAUUCCUUCGUUGCCGAUCUCUUGGAACGAUGCACUUCCUUUACUUCGUGCCACCCAAGAUCUGGGAUUUAUUGAACCUACCUGGGUUGGACAAGGUGUGGAUGAAGUACGGUAUUUUACAGGACCUAGUAUUGCGUUGUGCAAUAUGGUGAAUGUCAAUGAUUUUCAAAUGAAGCCUAUUUGGAACGUACUGGCACAUAUUCCAGGUCACGAAGAACAUAACAAGGCAAUCAUCAUUGGUAACCAUAGAGACGCGUGGGAUCACGGAGCUGCCGACCCAUCUUCUGGAUCUGCUGUUCUGUUAGAGCUUGCUAGAGUUUUCGGUAUUCUUUUGGAAAAGGGUUGGAAGCCUCGUCGUUCAAUUAUUUUGGCCUCUUGGGAUGCCAAUGAAUACGGUAAUGUUGGUUCCACUGAAUGGGUUGAAGAACAUAUGCAUUGGUUAGAUAAAGAAGCGGUUGCUUAUUUGAACGUGGAUCAUGCUGUGACUGGAUCUCAUUUCUCUGCCCAGGCCUCGCCUUUAUUGAACCGAUUAAUUGUAGAUGUAACGUCCAUGGUGAUUGACCCCAAGACCAGUAAAUCCGUGUAUGAAUCCUGGUUGGAUCAAUAUAUUAGUAACUCAUUAAAGAAGGGCAACAAAAAAAAAGAAGAGGACGAUGAUGAUGAUGAGGAAGCGUUUAUUGAGCCUUUAAUUCAACCUAUCGGAUAUACCCCAGGAUUGGAUUCUGUUGCCUUUUUUGAACAUGCCGGUAUCUCUAGUUUAUCCAUGUCGUUUGAUGGAGAUGAAUAUGAUGUGUCACAUAGUGCAUUCGAUAGUAUUGCGUGGAUGGAAGAAUUUGGAGAUCCCACAUUUGAAUAUCAUCAAACGAUGGUCAAGAUUUGGGGCUUAAUUGCUAUGCGUUUAUCAAGUGAUACACUUCUUCCUUUAUACCCUAUUGAUUAUGCAUUGACCAUGAAACAUUAUUUGGACCAACUCACAUGUGACAAACCAAACAAGGAAACGGGAAUUUUAAAGAAGGGUCACAACAAUAAGGAAACCAACAAGACAUUGGAACAUGAAUUGCCUAAAUUAAGUACUGCGCUUCAUAAUUUAUACAAAUCUAGUAUUCAAUUCAAUACAAAGAUGCAAGGUCUCGAUCGGUUAGUGACGGAGAACAAGAAGGGAGCCAGAAGAAGAGCUGCGAAAGAAAUUAGUGUAGCCAAUGAACGCUUAAUUCGAUUGGAAAGAGCGUUUGUGCAAAAUCACGGGUUAUUGGUAGACCGACCUUGGUAUCGACAUGCUUUAUUUGCGCCUUCUGCUAAAACGGGUUUGAUCCAAGCAUUUCCUAGUAUUGUUGAAUCUAGAGAGCUUAAGGAUUUAAAGGUAGUGGCUGAGAUGGAAAAGACAUUGGCUGGUAUCUUGGAAAAUGCACAAAGUAUUCUCACCAAGGGAAAAGCAAAAAAUCGUCAUCAUUCUAAUCAUCUGGAGGAGGAUAACGAUGUCACAUUUGAUGGUUAAAAAGAAGAAAAUAAAAAAAUAAAAAGCGCUUUUAUUAUUGUUAUUAUUAU